UCAACAUGGCGGCCAAUAUGGCGAGAAGAUGCUGGUGUGUUUUCCGUUGCUCGAGAGAAAUGUUCUCAUUCCCUUUGCGUCCUAGUAGUACAGUUCAACUACGGAUGAGUAGUAUCAAUACAGAAGCUUUAGGAGCCCAGGAUAAUGUUGAUCAGCUCACAAAAAGGAAACAGGUCAGGAGAAUGCAAUCUAUUAUUUUCAGGAAAAACAGACAGGAUCCCACAAUGGAAAAAGCAGCCAGAGAAGGAUCUUUACUCAUUCCACUGGAAGCUGUUCAAAAGGAGUGGAAAGCAAAGAAUGAAUUAUCCACAACAACAAAGCUAGCUAGGCACUAUGACAUUUUUAAGCACAUUUUCAAUGGAGAAGAAUUUACAGCAAAAACUAGGAUGUCAGUAACAUUUGGAGAAACAGAUCAUGUGAUUUAUGGAAAUUUUUUGAGGCCAUCUCAGGCCACUACUCAACCAACUGUCAGUUAUACCUGUGAAGACGACAGCCACUGGACAGUGAUAUUUAGCAAUCCAGAUGGUAACCUGAUAGACAGAGACACAGAAUUUUUACAUUGGAUGGUAGUAAAUAUUCCUGGCUCAAGAAUAAAUGAUGGUGAUGUUCUUUGUGAUUAUCUUCCACCAGUGCCAGCUCAUGGAACAGGCUUUCAUAGAUUUGUUUUCUCUCUACUCAAACAAUCUGGCAAAUUGGAUUUAACAAAUUAUGUCUGUAGGGAUGGAAGAGAUAUCACUUGUCGUACCUUCUCUACAGCAAAGUUUAUAUCUGAUCACAAGAAGUUUUUGACCCCAGCUGGACUGCGUUUCUUCCAAGCUACUUGGGAUGAGAGUGUUACUGAAACAUAUACGGAAAUAUUAGGUAUGACAGAACCUGUUUUCAAGCCUAAAGAAUUUUUAACUCCUGAACAAAUAAGGAAAAUCAUUAUCAGAGAAGUGUCUGAAAAGAAAUACAGGAAUAUGUGAUAUUUUUUAUACGGCUGAUAAACAAGACCAUAACUUGUAAAAUAUCAUCUGUAGUAAACAGUGCACUUCCUAUGCACUGUUUCACUGUAAAUAAAAUUAUUCCUUUUGCAUUGUUGCACACAA